AUGACGUCCAGAAAUGGUACUCUCCUAGAUGUCGCGGAUGACUUCAUCACUUUAUGCGUUCAAGGGGGACCCAAGGUAUCAUGCUUCUUUGAGCAGCGACCCUCCAAGCUGGGAAAGGUGAUUGGGCGAAACGAUAUCGAGGAAUUCAUCGUUGAUUCAAAAAGCGCCUGUUUUGAUGGCCACCCGAAAUAUGGCCUUGAGGUGGACCAUUUCAGCCUCAACAAAUUCGACAACCCCAAGAACCCGAACUAUAUCCAGGUACAGUCUGUCAUUACGGAUUAUUAUAAAAAAGCUUUGAAGACCACCCGAAAAAGCCGUUCCAGUCGACAUCACCAUCAAACUCUGAUAGAACGUCGAGAGGAAGAGCUCAGGAAAGCGGCAAUCAAGGAACUCCACGAAGAAGAAGCCCGAAAGCAAGCGUCGGUCUGGGAGACAAGAUAUCAGGGGCGGCUUGCGGAGGAGAAGCGCGCUAUUGAGCAGGCCUUCCUUGAACGCCUCAAGAAGAAUAUGAGGAAAUACGGAAUCAAAGAACCCGAUACGAUCCUCGAUGCCCACCCGCUGCCCCGAGACGAGGAGCUAGAGUCGACACAAGAAGUAGAAGAAAAGAGGAAUUGGUAUUGCAACCUUCUCAAGGGAGUAUUGUCAAAAGAAAACUUGGGUGGCGGACAAGUUGACGAGAUCUUGAAUGACAUGGGAGAAAUCAUGGUGAUCGAUGGAGUUGAGACUACUGUGACCAAGAUGGCCGCGAAAUGGAUUUCCACGCGCACCUUGGACGCCUAUGACAUUCCAUGGCAAUAUGACAAGAAUGACCGUUCAACUAUUAUUGUCAAGCGCUGGGUGCCGGACUACGAACGGGACUUCUUGUGGGAUCACUCGCAUGCACUUCGGGGUGGACGAGGACGAAAACGAAACCGCGAUGGUGGUCGAGGCAAAAAGAAUGACAAUGGUGAAGGUGGAGAGGAGCAACUGAAGGCUUGGCUGAUGCGCAAAUGGGAGAGCCUCAAUGCGGCUCAGACCAGGGUACCACUGAAGAGAGCAUCAACAUUCGCAGCACCGAAAUAUAUAACCAUUAGGAGUGUGAGGCCCGGGCAACAGCGACGGCCAAAUGUCCGGAGUGCCAGCGCGGAAUCAUUUCACUCAGCGCCCGAUGCCGAGGAGGUGACCCGGCGACGGCGACAUUCCCGAACACUCAGCCAGGAGGGAUCGCCGACGGGCCGUUCGAGCACCGAGACUCGGCCUCGCCGUCGAGCAGACUCAACGGAAGAUGAGCGAGUUGUCUCGACGGGGCGGCGUCACAGCUGGAAAACCGGUUCGCGAUCACGAGAUACCCAUAAUUCGUCCGGUCACAGGUACUCCAUCCAUAGUGAAAAAUAG